AUGGGCUCGCCAGACCCAUACGGCCGGCAGCUGGACGGCCUUGGGGCAGGCGUCUCGAGCCUCAGUAAGAUCUGCCUUGUAGCACCGAGCGAGCGGCAAGAUGCGAACGUCGACUACACCUUUGUGGGCAUUGGUAUCGAGCGGGACGAGGUGGAUACGGCUGGCAACUGCGGGAAUAUGAGCGCGGCCAUUGGACCGUAUGCUUUCAACGAGCGGCUGCUCGGAAAUAUUGACUAUGUUACCGACGGCACUAAAAGUGUGCGAAUACACAACACUAAUACUGGAGUCAUUAUCAAGAGUUCAUUCGAAGCCUCUGACGGGGAGGCUGCGGUGGUAGGCGAUUACUCUAUUGAUGGCGUUAGCGGCACCGGAUCUCGGAUAACCUUGGACUUCCUAAAGCCUGGAGGAGCAAAGACUGGCCGACUGUUGCCUACAGACUCUGCGGUGGACACGAUAGAAGGCGUCGAGGUGAGCUGCGUAGACGCCGCCAAUCCAUGCAUUUUUGUCCGCGCAGCAGACGUUGGAGUGGAAGGAGCUAUUCUACCCAACGACUUCAACAAGCUACCCGAAAAGCUGGCACACCUUGAAAAUAUCAGGCACAAAGCAGCCGCAGCAAUGGGUGUGUGCAAGACCGGCUCCGAAGCUCCGCGGACGAUCCCUAAGAUCGCGAUCGUCUCUCCAUCCAAGGAGCACAAGCUGCUCUCCGGCAGAACGUUAGAUGCCUCAUCUGUAGACCUUGUCAUACGCUUCAUCUCGGACACGCAGCCGCACAGGGCCAUACCGUUGACCGGCUCGCUAUGCACAGCUGUGGCAGCUAAGAUCAAGGGAUCGGUAGUCCAGCAGUGCCUCGCUGAGCAGCAUGUAGAUCCAAACAUGAUCACUAUCGGUCACCCGAGCGGGCGCAUACAAGUGACUGCUACCAUGGACGCAAGCGGUGGUGUCGAGUCCGCCACUGUUUUCAGGACUGCGAGACGAAUCAUGACUGGGCAGGUGUAUUGGAACGACUGA